AAUCCUUACUUUUCAAAUCCGCCCGAGAUAGAAAGCUUUUAGAUGGGCCAAAUAUUUUGGCGCACUCCGUUUUAAUGAAUCUAUUUUUUUAUAAUGUUAAAUGAUGUCCAUAAUUAUAUUUGAAAACGCUUGUUGGGUCUUUUUUUCUGCCGAGUGCAGGCACUGUUGUAUGAAGAAGGGGAUUUUUGCAGCAGCGGGUCGAACCAGACGUAAACACAUUACGUCACGUAGCACGAGGUGCAGGCUUGGCGUUCAGCCCGAUUACGGUGUCACGCCACAACGUUUUUAUGGUCUGUGUGUAGCAACAACGAGGGUUUAUUUGAAUCACGGUGAAGGAGCUAAAUCAAUGGCCCAGGCCUCCGUUUUAAACGAGUUUCACGAGGAAGAUCUUGGAGACGUAGUUGUGAUCGGAACGAGCGUGGACGCGUUUCCGCGUGGAUGGCUGCGUGGACGCCUCCGAAGGACCGGGCAGCAAGUAGCCGUGAAACUGCUCGACUGCACCCCUACAGAGCGAGAGCGGCUUCGUCGGCUCGGGAGUGCGGUGGUCUCGAGCCGGCUGUGUUCCGAGCGGGUUCUGCUUCCGCUGGGGGUCUACACGGCCCGAUCUCUCAUCGGUUUGGUCUGGGCCUGGAUGGCUGAAGGAUCUUUGCAUUCGGUUCUCUAUGAGAUCCAUCUCUACCCGGAUCUACCGGUGCAGCUGCGUCUGCGUCUGCUGCUGGACGUGGCGGAGGGUUUAAGCCAUCUGCACGCUGUCCCUCUGCCUCACGGGGCCUUGAAGGCCACCAGCGUUCUCCUGGAUCCGGAGUACAGGGCCAAGCUGUGUGACUGGGGCCAGCAGACAGAUUUGGGUGUAAGGGCACCUGUCUGUAAUGGUGGUGUUCCCUGUUUUAGAGACCUGGCCUACCUGUCGCCUGAGGUUAUACAAGGAGGCAUGUCCUCUGUGAAGGCUGAUAUGUACAGCUUUGGCAUUCUGAUCUGGGAGGUUCUCAACAGGCGGCGUCCGUGUGAAGGUCUUGAGCAGCUGCAGACUCUCCUGCUGUCGGCUCAGGGGGGUCCGGAGACACAGGUGCAGGUUCAGCUGUUGCCGCUGGAAACUCCCCAAAGCCACGUUCUUACCCAGCUGAUGAUCAGUUGCUGGUCCAGUGAACCAGAACAACGGCCACAGGCAGAAGAGUGUGCGGCUGUGCUGAGGAAGGUUAUGGCGGCAUUUGAGGUGGACGCUUUUACAACGGCUGUCCAGCAGCUAAACGCAAGCAAGGAGAGGGUGCUGCUUGCCUGUAAACACUCUCCAACGUUUGUGCCUAUUGAGCUGAACAACUUGGAGUGCUCCGGUGGUUGCGCCGGAUCCAAAAUCCUCGCCUCUAAGGUGAUUCCCAUGAACGUGCCGUGCCCACAUGUUCCCAAGGCUGAGAGGGUUCUGAGAAGAAGCCCUCCUCUCCCUGCACAGACCCCACCUCCUGAUGCCUGCUGCAGAGAUGCUGUGGAUCAAACAGUUGCAUCCCAGGGGAACAGACCUGCUGGUUCCAUGCAGUGUGGGGGAGUUUGGGGUGUGACUCAAUCCUGGACCCAGAACCCUCCAAACACACAGUGUGUGUGUCCCACGAUGCUGAUCCAGACACCUGUCCAGCAGGCCGUGUGCCCUGUGUCAGGCUGGAGCUGCUGUCGUCUCCUGAUGAUGCACCGCGAGUCGAUUGUGCACUGCAUGACGGAGGGGCGUCUCAACAAGCUGCUGGACGUCCUCCGGGCCCGGCGGGCCGUCACGCGUGAGGACUACGAGGUGAUCACCGCAGCCCUGACCCUGACCGCACGCACCCGGUGCUUGCUCGACACCUGCGCCUGCCUGGGCGAGAACGUUGCCUCCCUCGUGGCCACCACCCUGGGGCUGGUCUCCACAGAAACUGCCCGUGCUCACAGAGGUGCUGGGAUGGCUCUCAAAUGGCAGGUUGGCUAGGUGAUGUCUGGCCAGAGAGGCUUCAGAGCUUCAGAGCAACAUUCCCCUUUACUGAUCGUGACCAGUAUCUGGAAAAGAGGCCAAUCAGGAAGAGUGUUUUGUAGGAGAAAUGGAUGUAACUAGAUGCUUAGAGAUGGAAGUCUGACAAGUGGAAUCAGGGUUGAUCAAACAUGAGUUGAUCUGAUCACAUUAUAUCAUGAAUGGGGUGCUUAAUCAAAGGUGUCCUAUGAAACAGAGGUGUUGGGGGAAGAAUAGCUCUCAACUUCAGGUGGCCCCACCCGCAGAUUGAAGAAGAGCCCUAAUAAGAGGUCAGGUGAUGGUUGGUGAUGGAACCUUUAAAGGGAUUGGGCAGCAUUAUAUGAGGAAAACAGCAUGCAUCAAGUUGCUCUUUAAUAUGUUAGAGAUUUAUUUUGUUAUGCUUUCCUAUUUCUGCAUUUAAAUUGUACUCUAUAGUGUUAAAUUUCAGGUUUUUUCACGUUUUUUUCAUACAGAAACAUUUUUGGGGGGCGUUAUUAGAUUCCUAGUUGCGAUCAAGUUUUUAAGCAUGUUUGAAAUGUAGGAACAUGUGGGAAACGCAAGCACAUGUGCAUGUUGUACAUCAAAAUACUGCCUACAUUGGUAGUGGAUUGUAUCCUGUUCAAAAUGAGAGUAUCUUGUAACAAGAAUAUUAGUAUUUUAUGUUUUAAUAUUUUCUCAUACUGAUGUAUUAUAUGUGGCUGGGGUGGUAUUAAUCAGGAUUAUGUUUAUGCUUGAUUAACUACUACGAAAUAUUUUGAUUAAUCAUAUGUUAAUCACAAAAGGCUAUAACUUUAUACCAUUAAACAAUAUUGAACUGUC